CGUCGUACAAGCUUGGGAUGUCCAUCUGAAAUUCCGUCUUCAAUUGGCUUCAAUUUUGUCUAUUGGAUCAUCUAGUUUCCCUAUGUGGCAGGGUUUUCGAUGACCAAGCAAUUGAGGUAUGUACUUAGUUUUCCUCGGUCUCGCCAUAAAAUUGGAUUUUACGGGGGAUGCUUCAAGUGCGAGUCCAAAUCCACAACGCCGAGUAAUGUCGGUCCAAUUGGGCUAAUCGUCCAGUGUUUCCCCUCGUGUCCGUUUGUUUGUGGCAGCCUACUUGAGGGGAAUUAUUUUAAAAGACACUGAACCAGGACUCAAUGUUCCAUGUGUGUUCGGAAGCUUGCCUUCAUCCCUGCCUGCACCACAUAGGUAUUAUAUCACAUAACACAUACAAGGAAUUUUUUAACCUCUCCCAAAUAUAUUUAAUGGACAUAAUACUCAAAAGCGACAGUCACCAAAAGAAACAAAGAAAUAUAAAAAUACAACAGUUGUAAUUACUUAAAAUAGGUAAUAUUUUAAGUAAUAUUUACGUAAUUUUGUAUAACAAUGUAUUAUGUGAACUUUUUUUAGGAUAAUUGCACAUAAUUGCACAUAAUACAGUUUGCAAUUAAAAUCGUCAAUUAAGGUUUAUUAUCUACUGCUCCGCAAAAAUUGGAGUUUGGUAAAUUCACGAUAAUUGCAAACUUUGGUCAAUGUAGCUUAUUAAACUGAUUUAUAAUUUGAGAUUUUUUAGAUGGUUUCACUGGUUUGUGUCCUUCAGAUCAUCCUUUAGAAUUAACCAUUUUUCUUUGUUUUAUCGUUUUUAAUUUUUUUGGUGUGCUGUCUUCCAAAACAAGUGUGUUUCUUUACCUACAAGAUCUACAUCCUUUAUUAUCUCGUACAGCCUGUAUUCUCUUCACUCCAUAGCUCUUUCCAUUCUUCUUUUUAUUACUUUCUUUUAAUGUACUGUGUGCAUGAGUGGUCUGGUACUUCUGUAAAUGGUGUUUUUUAAAUCUCCAGACAAAAAUUUGUCCAAAGGAGGUACAUCAGGGGAUCUUGGUGGCCAAGUUCCUCUCCAAUUACUUAUCAGAGUAUUCUUCCAGAAAACGUUCCGUUUUUACAGUAUGAGCAAGAACAUAAUCAUAUUAUAAAUAACUCGUCUGUGAUUCAUCAUGGUGAAGUCGUCGGUAUUAUCCGGCAAAAUCCAAACACAUAUUGUAAUUAUUUUUCAUUUAUUGUUUGAUCACCAUUUGUUAUUGUAUCUUAUAAUUCAUAUAUGUUUUGUAAUCUAUUUCUACAAAUAGUAUUAUUUAAAUGUCCAAAAAAACUAAUCCAAGGCAGUUAAAGGAAUCUUGAUGGCCUAAUUUCUCCUCCAAUUACUCAUCAAAGUAUUUUUUCAGAAAACGUACCGUUAUUUUUGCAUUAUGGGCAGUAUCAUAUUAAAAAUAUCUCAUUUGUGAUUCAUUAAGGUGUAGUUGGUUACUAAAAACUUUCAUAUAAGUUACAUUUUACACCAAAUAUCAAUUUGAUAUACAUUACAGAACACUCGCAUAGAAAACCUAAGAAGUACCAACCGUGUGUAGCCAUUUAGGAAACCGACUUUCUAGGGUUUAAGACCAUUUUGGAGUGCUUAUCUUCGUUUACUACUUUCGGCAAUUAUCGGUUUCCGAAUUGGAACGUGACUGCUGUUUAUUGCACAUAUACAGUUUGCAAUUAAAAUCAUCAAAUUAAGGUUUAUUACUUACUGCUCCAAAAAAUUGGAGUUUGAUAAAUUCACAGUAAUUGCAAACUUUGGUCAAUGUAGCUUAUUAAACUGAUUUCUAAUUUGAGAUUCUUUAGGUGGUUUCACUGGCCUGUGUCCUUCAGAUCAUCCUUUGGAAUUAACCAGUUUAGUAUAUCUGUGGUACUGAUGUUCUCUGCAUCUCUCUUCGCCCUGCUUGUCCCUGAGUUGUGAUGACUAGCAAUCAGUCACCGUUGCCCAUCUCUCCUCCGAAGAAAGCAUGGUGCCAAUCAAGAUUAGGAUACAUAUUAUUGAUUAAUUAAUUUAUUAAAAUUGAAGUAUAUAGAAAUAUUUAUCAUUCAGAGAAUUUUUAUAGUUCUUUUCUUCUUAUUUUCUUUUUCUGAAUUGUAUUCAUUUUUUUGUGCAGUUCUUCACUCAUCCCACCAUCUAUGGUUCUUUCUCUCAGCUUCAGCCUGUCGACCUCUUCGUUCUCCACCACCUCCGCCACUUCCAGUGGCAGCAACUUUCUGGCCGCUACUGCGGAUACUGUUAGGUAUUCCCUACAUAUCCUAAAAGAACAUCUCCUCUGUGCCCCAUCUAGCAGUCUCCUAUACCUUACUCGUGUGAGACUGUUGGCCCACCCGGAGCCACGCCCUAGUUGUCAGGGUUAGCUUAAACUUUUUUGAAAAGACUCUUAGAACAUGGUUGGGAUAUGAUGUGUAAAAGCUAGGAAAGUUACCCCAGCCCCUAUAGACUUUGGAGGUUCUAAGACAUGAAGAACAAGGUAUUACAAGCCAACUCAUCAUUUCAAUUCUGUAACUAAAACUUAAUAAAAUUUAUAUUUAUCAACAGCUGAUUGCUUCAGAAUGAGUAGUGUUUUGUUUAGGACUUCGGCUUAAGGUUCAAGAGAUUGGUUUAGCUUGGGGCUCAAGUGGUUGACUUGGCUUAGAAUUCAAGUGGAUGUCGUCGCUUCGGGUAACCAUUGGCGAGAAGAAUGAGUCUCAUAGGUGGCCACCCUUUUGAAAGAAUUUGUCCUCAAAUAGCAAUGUAUCAGAGAGAGAGUUGUAUGGUAAUCUUUCUUUAUCAGGUAUCUUCGGCUUGAGGCUCAAGCGGUUGGUUUAGUUUAGAGCUCAUGUGGUUGGCUUGGCUUAGGGUUCAAAUGAUGAAUUCGAGUGGUUGACUUUUUUAAAAAGAACUUUGCCACAAAUAGAAAUCUAUCAGAUGAAAAUUGAUUGUCUUAGGGUUCAAAUGAAUGAAGACGCGUGGGGCUGAAGUGUUACCAGUGUUGGAAGUGCUGUUGGUAGUAAAUUUAUCUUAGCUAACCACUGACGAGGGGGAUGAGUCUUAUAGGUGGCCACCCUGUUUGAAGAAUUUGUCCACAAAUAGCAAUCUAUCAGAUGAAAAUUGAUAAGAGUUGUAUGGUUCAAUUGAUGAAUUCAAGUGGUUGACUUUCCUUAGAAAGAACUUUGCUACAAAUGGUAAUUUUUCAUUAUCAAGAGUCUUCAGCUUUUGGCUCAAGUGGUUGCUUUAGUUUAGAACUCAAGUGGAUGGCUUACGUCUUACUCCGUUACUGUUAAAGGUCACUCUCUCUCUCUCUCUUCUGACAUUUGACUGAAACUGGAAACAAUACAUAUGUGGAGGACUCGACAACAACACCGAAAUCUUUGGCGAAGAAGAGUUCCGCGUACUAAGGACGCAAACAGGUCCUCGUCUAUCGCAGUGAAAUUGAAUGGCAAAAUUGUUGUGAUAAGCCUUUAAGAUAUUAAUAAAAUCUUUCCAAUGAACACCUGAUGUUUCAGUUCCCCGAAAACACAACAGAUACUCCAAACUAUUUCACUGUCACACUCAUCUUUUCCCUUUUUUUAAAUGGUUUUACCUUCUUAGAAAUACUGACAGAGAUUAGGAAACCUAAAGGAGAGAAUUGUGCUACUGAAUCAAUGUGGGAAAAAAAUAAUUUGAAUUAAAAAAUAGAUUUAGAUUUUCUUCAAUAUUGGACGUGUUCUACCUGCUCCUAAAUUGUGGGCCAUCGUUUUUACAAUUUGUAAAGAGUUUAUAGGCAUAAAUUUGUAAAAGUGGUCAUAAUAACUUCUAUUAAGAUUAAUUUUAGGUUUAAAUUUAUGUUAUAUCGAGGUAUGUGAAAACCAUAAACCUUAAUUCUUCCAGAAAAAUUCUUGUAUACCUGUUAGUACAUGCAUAAAACUGAGGAUCUUCAGCACAAAACACAUCAGUACCUAAACAUAUUCCUCCAAAUCACGUGCAUCUGUGAGUACAAUUCAAAAAGAGUGAGCUAAGCUUUUUGUUUGUGGACGCCACUUACGUCGAGAUGAGACGUUGCUACUGUGAAGGGUACUGCCCCAACGAGCUAGACAGCGGUACGUGCGUCAUCCAACCUGGUGGCAAAUGCUUCAUAUCCGUGGUUGCUGAGUACGACGACGAAGGCAACGAAAUCGAAAUUACAUCGUACGGCUGCUUGUCAGCCAACGAAGGAGGUUUGAUGCAGUGUAUGGCACAUUUAGUACCGCACAAGCAAAGGAAAACGAUCCAAUGCUGCGACGAUUCGGACCUGUGCAACCGCAAGCUGGACCCGACGAACCACCACAAACCGACCACCAAAACGCCGGACUUGAACGACUGCAACUUGCCUCUGGUCGUGAUCUUCACGUGUCUAUCAAUCUCGAUACUCGUGGUGGUGGCAGUACUGCUCUAUAUAAAGUACCACCGAGCUAAAAUGCAGCGGAAGUGGUUCGACACUGAAUCGCACCCCAACGUCGAGAUUCGGGAGCCACUGAACGACUUGAUCGAACAGUCCAGCGCUUCCGGCUCCGGGUUGCCGCUUUUGGUGCAAAGGACCAUCUCCAAACAGAUACAAAUGAUUAAUUCCGUGGGCAAAGGGCGGUACGGGGAGGUGUGGCAAGCGAAAUGGAGAGGACAAAAGGUUGCCGUUAAAGUCUUUUACACCACCGAGGAACAGUCCUGGUUCAGGGAGACGGAAAUUUACCAGACCGUGUUCAUGCGACACGACAACAUAUUGGGCUUCAUAGCCGCCGACAUUAAAGGCACAGGGUCGUGGACGCAGAUGUUACUCAUCACUGAGUACCACGAAAACGGCUCCCUGUACGACUACCUUCAAACCAACCACUUGGAUCCCUCGUCUUUGUUGCUGAUGGCUCAGAGCAUCAUCAGCGGACUUUGCCAUCUACAUCUGGAGGUGUUUGGAACGCGGGGCAAACCUUCAAUUGCCCACAGGGACGUUAAGAGCAAGAAUAUUUUGGUCAAACGCAACGGAGAGUGUUGUCUCGCUGACUUUGGGUUGGCGGUCAAGUAUUUGUCCGACUUGCGUAAAAUUGACGUGCCUCCAAACGCGAGGAGUGGUACCAUCAGAUACAUGGCCCCUGAAUUGCUGGACAACACGAUCAACGUGCACAACAUCGAGGCUCACAACAGUGCUGAUAUGUACGCAUUCGGGUUGGUUUUGUGGGAGAUGGCGCGGCGUUGUGUGACUGGGGAGAAACUCAUGUUUUCCGAGGAGUACCAAAUGCCCUUUUACGAUUGUGUGCCGAGCAAUCCAAGUGUUGAAGAUAUGCAACAAGUUGUGUGUGUGAAGAAGGUCCGUCCACAUAUACCUAAAAGGUGGGCAGAGGACAGUGUGCUGCAAAUGUUGAGCAAGGUGAUGCAGGAGUGUUGGCACCGCAGUCCUGCUGUUCGUCUGACUUCGUUGAGGGUGAAGAAGACGUUGUCGAAGGUUGCUACAGAAACUUCGAUUAAGAUUGUGUAAUGAAAUAAUUUUAUACAAUUGUUCACUGAAUUAUUAUGAUAUUCACAAUAUAUGUUUUUUCUGACAUGAAUUUAUACUCGACAGUUUGCUAUACUUAUUUUGUGAAGUACUAUUUAGUUAGCGUUAAGGUAGUAUAUAUUUGAGAUAGAUACAAUAAACAUCUUCAUGAAAACUUAGACUGUUUUAAUUCAUAAAUCACAUUUCAAUGAGAUUGAGUACUACCAUGCGAUGCAAGUAUCGAGAACAUGCAACAAGUUGGGUGUGUGUGAAGAAAAUACGUCUGUCCUCAUAUACCAAAAAGGUGUGAAGCAGACAAUGUUCUCCAAAUGUAGAACAAGUUCAUGCAGGAUUAUUGGAACCGCAGUCGUAUUGUUCGUCUGACUUCGUUUAGGGAGAAGGAGAUGUUAUCGAAGGUUGCUGCACAAACUUUUAUAAAGAUUGGAUAAAGGAGAUGAUAUCUAUGUAAAUUUUAUAUUAAUUUGAGACGAUGUGGUGGCUUUAAAAAUAAUUCAUUAAGACACAUGAUAUACAAUUCUGGUAAGAACAUACAUGACAAGGUUUCACAUAAUAUAGUUACAUAUUGGGGGUGUAAUUGCCUCGAAGUAUAUAAUUUUGACAAAACAUGGACAAUCAUGAGAAAACAAUUGUUCAUUGAAUUAUUAUAAUAUUCACACAAUAUGUUUUUCUGAAUUGUGAAUUGAUACUCGAUAGUUUGCUAUACUUAUUUUGUGAAGUACUAUUUGGUUAGUGUUCAGGUGGUAUGUAUUUGAUAUAGAUACAAUAAACAUCUUCAUAAAGACUUAGACUGUUUAAUUUCAUAAAUCACAUUUCAAUGAGAUUGAGUACUACCAUGCGAUGCAAGUAUCGAGAACAUGCAACAAGUUGGGUGUGUGUGAAGAAGAUACGUCUGUCCUCAUAUACCAAAAAGGUGUGAAGCAGACAAUGUUCUCCAAAUGUAGAACAAGUUCAUGCAGGAUUAUUGGAACCGCAGUCGUAUUGUUCGUCUGACUUCGUUUAGGGAGAAGGAGAUGUUAUCGAAGGUUGCUGCACAAACUUUUAUAAAGAUUGUAUAAAGGAGAUGAUAUCUAUGUAAAUUUUAUAUUAAUUUGAGACGAUGUGGUGGCUUUAAAAAUAUUUCAUUAAGACACAUGAUAUACAAUUCUGGUAAGAACAUACAUGACAAGGUUUCACAUAAUAUAGUUACAUAUUGGGGGUGUAAUUGCCUCGAAGUAUAUAAUUUUGACAAAACAUGGACAAUCAUGAGAAAACAAUUGUUCAUUGAAUUAUUAUAAUAUUCACACAAUAUGUUUUUCUGAAUUGUGAAUUGAUACUCGAUAGUUUGCUAUACUUAUUUUGUGAAGUACUAUUUGGUUAGUGUUCAGGUGGUAUGUAUUUGAUAUAGAUACAAUAAACAUCUUCAUAAAGACUUAGACUGUUUAAUUUCAUAAAUCACAUUUCAAUGAGAUUGAGUACUACCAUGCGAUGCAAGUAUCGAGAACAUGCAACAACUUGAGUGUGUGUGAAGAAGAUCCGUCUGUCUUCAUAUACCAAAAAGGUGUGAAGCAGAAAAUGUUCUCCAAAUGUAGAACAAGUUCAUGCAGGAUUAUUGGAACCGCAGUCGUAUUGUUCGUCUGACUUCGUUUAGGGAGAAGGAGAUGUUAUCGAAGGUUCCUGCACAAACUUCUAUAAAGAUUGUAUAAUGGAGAUGAUUUCUAUGUAAAUUUUAUAUUAAUUUUAGUUGGUGUAGUGGCCUUAAAAUAUUUCAUUAGACACAUGAUAUACAAUUGUAGCAAGAACAUACUUGACAAGGUUUUACGUAACAUAGUUACAUAUUGAUAAGAUAUAAAGGCAUCGAAGUGUAUAAUUUUGACAUGAAUAAUCACGAGAAAAAAAUUGCUCAUUAAAUUAUUACAAUAAUAAUAACAUAAUAUUAUGUUUUCUUUAAAUUGAUAUUCGAUAAUUUAUCAUACUCAAUUUGUCAAGUACUGUUUAGUUGGUACCGUAAUUCUGCCGUUCGUCACAUUUCGUUGCAAAAGAUUAAUUAAUUAAAUGUUACAUGUAAAAUAAUUUGUUUGUACUUUGUUCUGUUCUCCUUUUUACUUUUAUUAAAUAUAGUUUUUUCUUAUUCGAUUAUUUUCUAUUUCUAUUUUUGAUAACGGCAUUCAUUAUUUCCUACCCACAACAAAUAUAAUAUCAUAAACAUUCCUUAAAAAUUAUAUU